AUGAGUGGGUUUGAGCGCAUCUUGGCUCGCGUAGGUGGCGAUGCGCUGCGUUCGUAUUGCUCGUCGGCCAUUGAGGACGAGCUGCGCAACUUGCAGACGCGCAUGAAGACUUGUCUAGAGAGCGUGGAGCAAGCCAUGAAGGUCCAAGAGGCCGUCGCCAAGCUGGAUGUGCCAAUGAGCCGCGAGAACGCGGCCACAUGUGCCGAGAUCAAGCGUAAAUAUGCGAAAUUUAGCGCUGAUCUCAAGGGCUUCGUCGAAGAGCAACGCAAGCUGCAGGCUGAAGCCCCCGAAGCCAGUCCCGACGACCAACAGAAGCAGAGCGAGCAGCAGAGUCGCGAACGCGUGACCAAACUACUUGGCAAGAUCCAGCACCGCAUCACACGCAAGCGCAACGACGCGUGGAUCGACAAGAACUUCGCAGACGUGGAAACUAUCGCAAGUAUCAUCGGAGACGACGACUUUGCGGGUCCCGACAAGGCUCUACGCAACGAACUGGUGCUCGUAUUGGACCACUUGAUCUCGGCUGUGUUGCUCAGUCCGCUGACCAACCAAAGUACACUGGAGAAAAUGGAAAAAGUACUCAAGAAAUUGGCAGAUGUCCACGAUGAUAUCGACGAGUACAUCAAGUCAUCCAGUGAGCUUCUCACCAAGAAGAGAGCAGCACAGCGCGUGGAGAAUACGCCACAGUCCGACUUCUUGGUCAAGGUGGAGCGUACUGCCGCUGCUGUUGCUGCAGCUGAAGCAGCAGGUAGCGACGCGACGUACGAGGUGUUUGUAUCGGAUCUGCCAUGGGGCACCACCAAGGAAGCGGAUGUAGCGUCGUACUUUGGCAUCGCUGGCGCCGUCGUGUCCGUGCAGAUGCCCACGAUGGCUGACGGUAGCACUGUCGGAGUCGCAAUUGUGCGUUUCGCCACGUUGGAAGGCAUGACGCUCGCUCUGCGGAUGGACGGCUAUCCAUUCAACGGCAAAAACAUCCGCGUGGUCGUACACAAGUCCAAUUGA